AUUUAAGUCCCAAAUGAAAACAACGGUAAGUUUCAUUGAGCUAAUUCAUACCUAAAUCCACCACUGUAUUUUCAACAACAAAAACAACUCUGAAAAGAGUUUCCAGUCCAAAAGAUAUCACCAGCUUUCCCCCAGAUUCUCUCAACUAGGCCUCGCUUUCCUUUUUUGCUGUUUCUCUCUCCUCGCCGUCCUCCGCCACCUCUACCACCUCCGGCGUUGCUGAUUUGGUACUUCUCCCCCCUUUCUCUCUCUCUAGAUUCAUUCAUUUCGAUGUAUUCGAGUUCUUUCUUGUACAAUAACUCAGCAACUUUUGAGACCCACUUUUGAACCCAUUAAUUUUAUGUAAAGUGCUUGUUGUUUAAACUGAAUCUCAGUAAUUUUAGUUCGAUUUUUGAUUUUUGAUUUUUCUUUUGUCACUUGGGGUUUUGAAAAUAAAGGGAAAAAUUGAAGAACCCCACUUUGAGUUUGAUUUUUGAGUUGGGGUUUGAAAAUAAAGGGGGAAAAAUUGAAGAACCCUCACUUUGAAUUUGAUAGUUUUCUGAUGCAAAUAGGUUGUUGCUCAAUUGUGAAUAAUCAAUGAGUAGUAGCAAGAACUUUGACAGGUUGUUGUCAGCUAGGAAAUCACUAAACCUAAGCUUAGAAAAGUCGAAAUCUUUAGGGUUAGCUUUAGAUAAAGCUGGACCUAGAUUGGAGGAAAUUAACCAGAGGUUGCCUUCCCUUGAGGCUGCUGUUAGACCCAUUCGGGCCAAUGAGGAUGCCCUUGCAGCUGUUGUGGGUCACAUUGACCGGGCCGUUGGCCCGGCUGCCGCCGUUCUGAAGGUUUUUGAUGCUGUCCAUGGCCUUGAGAAGUCAUUAUUGUCAGACCCCAGGAGUGAUCUUCCAGGGUACCUAGCCGUGCUCAAACGGCUCGAAGAGGCGUUGCGGUUUUUAGGGGAUAAUUGUGGGUUAGCCAUUCAAUGGUUAGAGGAUAUAGUUGAGUAUUUGGAAGAUAAUGUUCUUGCUGAUGAGAGGUAUAUUUCUGAAAUGAAGAAAUUGUUGAAGGGUCUUAGAGAAAUUCAGAAUGAUUCGGGAAAGGGAAAGGCUAUUCUUGAUGGUGGAUUACUAGAAGCGGCUUUAGAUAAAUUGGAGAACGAAUUUCGGUGUUUGUUGAUUGAAAAUAGUAUCCCACUUCCCAUGUCUUCUGAUGAUGAUCAAGCUUGUAUUGCCCCGUCCCCUCUUCCCGUAGCAGUGAUUCAGAAACUCCAAGCAAUUCUUGGAAGGUUGAUUGCUAAUAACAGGCUUGAUAAGUGCAUAUCAAUCUAUGUUGAGGUCCGAAGUGCGAAUGUUCGUGCAAGUUUACAGGCUCUUAACUUGGAUUAUCUUGAUAUCUCAAUAGCUGAAUUCAACGAUGUACAGAGCAUUGAGGGUUACAUAUCUAAAUGGGGGAAGCAUUUGGAGUUUGCCGUGAAGCAUUUGUUUGAAGCGGAGUAUAAGCUUUGCAUUGAUGUGUUUGAGAGGAUUGGAUUAGAUGUUUGGAUGGGUUGCUUUGCUAAAAUUGCAGCUCAAGCUGGAAUUCUGGCGUUUCUUCAGUUUGGGAAGACAGUUACAGAGAGCAAGAAAGACCCCAUUAAGCUUCUUAAGUUGUUAGACAUUUUUGCAUCUUUGAAUAAGCUCAGGUUGGAUUUCAACCGACUUUUUGGUGGAGCAGCUUGUGCUGAAAUCCAAAACUUGACCCGAGAUCUAAUCAGGCGGGUCAUUGAUGGUGCGUGUGAGAUAUUUUGGGAACUUCUAGUUCAAGUUGAAUUACAGAGACAAACACCACCCCCUAUUGAUGGAAGUGUUCCUAGGUUGGUUAGCUUUGUUACUGACUACUGCAAUAGACUUCUUGGGGAUGAUUACAAACCACUUUUAACCCAAGUUCUAGUCAUACAACGGAGUUGGAAGAACGAGAAAUUUCAAGAACGGCUCCUAAUUAACGCCAUCCUAGAGAUAAUCAAAGCCAUUGAGCUAAACUUAGAUGCAUGGUCCAAGAUGUACGAGGAUAACACCGUCCUUUCGUACCUUUUCUUGAUGAACAACCACUGGCAUUUGUACAAGCAGUUAAAGGGAACAAAACUCGGGAAUUUGUUAGGUGAUUCAUGGUUAAAAGAACACGAACAGUACAAGGAAUACUACGCUGCUAUUUAUCUGAGAGAAACGUGGAUGAAUCUUCCGUCUUUGUUAAGCCGAGAAGGUCUGAUCUUGUUCUCUGGUGGUAGGGCUACUGCUCGUGACCUUGUUAAGAGACGGUUAAAGAAAUUCAACGAGACUUUUGAUGAAAUGUAUAAGAAGCAGUCAACCUGGGUUGUUUCAGACAAGGAGUUGAGAGAGAAAACAUGGCAGCUUAUUGUGCAGGCGAUUGUUCCUGUAUAUAGAAGCUACAUGCAGAACUACGGACCUCUCGUGGAACAAGAUUCGAGUUCUAGUAAGUACGCGAAGUACACAGCACAGUCUUUGGAGAAGAUGAUAAUGGCACUGUUUCUUCCUAAACCUGGUAGAUUUAACAGCUUUAAAGGAAGGCAAUAUAGUGGGAAAUUCAACAAUGUCCAAGCAGAUCAACCUCAACCUCAACCUCAACCUCAACCAUCUCCUACUGCUGCUUCAUAAUCAAUCUCAGCAUGCUAUGAUAUUCGGGCCAGCGGGUCAGGUUCGGGUUUUGUUUUGGGUCGACUUCGGGUUGUGUCAAAAACUCAAAAAAUAUCAGAAAUAUUGUACAACUUAGUAUUACUACAAAAUAUGAUAAAUGAGUCAAAUCGGGUCGAUUUCAGGUCAUUUGGGUUUGGUUCAGGGCGAGUUCGGGUUUCUCUCAGUAACUUCAGGUCGGGUUCGAGUCGGGUUAUCGGGUCGGACCAGGGAUUGCCAGCCCAUUUCUCAAGUGUCCAAUCAAGUAUGCAAAGGCUGAUCUUUGUAUAUAACUUAUAUUCUCGGAGAUCUUAGUUUGCAGACUGAUAUGGUCCUGAAUUACUGCUGGCCUUCAGUAAGUAAAAUUCUACCUCCACCAUCUUCUUCAUCAGUGGUAGUAUAAUGUAUAAGUUUUGUCAAGGGUUAUUUAAGGUUCCAAGAGUAGCUAAAUUAUCAUCAUUAAGUGUAUUAGAAUUGUGAGUUGAUAGAAAACUAAUAAUAGAACAUUCAUUUGUAAUUUGGAGUAGAUUUCUGUACGCCUUUUUUAUUGUGUUUCUUGGAUGUUCUUGUAGAAAUAUGGAAUAGUUUUUCAGUCCAGAUUAGGACCAAUAAUUCAGAGAAGAUUUUUCAGGUAA